AUGAGGAGAAAGCAAGCAUUUCGUCCGUUUGCAAAGAUCGUAUUUGUUUCUUUCUGUGCAAAAUUGUUAAAUUCGAGUCAGCAGCAAAAAUAUGGAUCAAGAAAAGAUGUGACAAAAAGAUGCGAGUGUGGGUUUGUGGCUCGAAGGCCCAGGCAUUUGCUUAGGCACAAAAAAUAUAAUUGUAUGGGGAAGGAGGUCAACAACGUAGACAAGCCGGCACAGGACAAAAGUGCGGAGCCAAGCGUGAAGGAACAGAAGGUCGUCACCAGACUCAACAAUGAAGCUGCGGAGGAGUUCAUCACCCUUGAGAUGGAUGAAUCGGAUAUUCAGGCGCUACUUCAUGAAUUUGGGGAUAUACCUAAUUUAGAAUUUAAAUUUUUGUAG